AUGCCGAGGCGCUUGCCUAGAAGGGGCUGUCGGCAAGGCUGCCGUUUUACUCCGCCUCAGACGCCACGCUGCCGCGCUCUCUUCAUUUGGGCGGGUGGGCUACCCAUUAUACUCUUGACGGCUGCCGUGUUUGGAUCGCGUGCGAUGUGCGGUUUGGAGGGGCAGCCUGUCGCCCCAUCCCCAUUUGUGAACCCAACCAGCUGCGCAGCCAGAAGGCCUAUUGGGCCGCCCACAGGCAUUUUGUCAGAGGCAACAUUGCAACUCGCAGAACGGUACUUCGCGCAGCCCGCCAACGCAUCAAAGAUGCUAAGCGCGCUCAGAUUAUCACACGAAGAUUCGGUUUUUCCACAACAGAAGCAGGAGCGGCGGCUGAACAAUUGGUAG